GAUCUUUCAGAUCUCCGCCGAUGUUCGACAUUGGUGGAUCGCGGAAUUCGCGAAGCAACAAUCUUGGUCUUUUCUCGAUCUUUUACUCAAGUUGUCUUAACGUCGCGAGACUGUUGUCGAAAGUGAACCGAGUCGAAUACAGAGAAAAAUUUCGUCGUUGAAAUAUCUUGAUCGAUGGAUCUCUCCUAACUGGAACCGAGAGGCAAGAAUUCAGUCGUACAUACAAUGUCUGCGUUGGAAGAAUACGUUUGUCUGCUCUCGGCGGAAGAGAAGGCGUACAUGGCGGCAAAUUUGAACGAAACCGACGAUAUAAGACCCGUUAAAAUCACCGAACUCAGAGAAUAUAUCGUGGGAAACGAUGAUCUACACGCGCCUAUCGAUGAUUUCUUCAUUCUACGUUUUCUGCGAGCAAGUAAAUUCAACGUAGAAAAAGCAAAGUGCAAACUGUUAAAUUAUUUAAAGCAAAGAGCGAAUCUUCCGGAAUGGUACAGCAACAGGGAUCCUUUUCUGCCGGAGUUACAAGAACUCUUCGAUCUUGGGGUGUUUCUACCUUUGAGAAAGUUGGAUAACGAGGGAAGAAUGGUCGUGAUAAUCCGCGCAACCGUGCACACGCCUGCGAGACAUAAAAUGUCGAAUAUGCUCAAGGCAUCGUUGAUGACUUUGGAUUUGGCGUUGAGGGAGAACGAGUCGGUAACCAUUCAUGGUCUGAUAGCAAUCCUGGACAUCGGUGGCGUAACGUACGAACACGCGUGUCAAUUACCGCCGAGCGUGAUUAAGAAUUUAACUCACGCGUGGCAAGGCUGUUAUCCUGUCAGAAUUCACUCGUUAAACUUUAUCAAUACACCCAGAUUCGUGAACGCCGUGUUGAAUAUCUUUAGAAGCUUCAUGAAUUCAAAGUUGAAGCAAAGGCUGCACACUUAUGCUCGCGGUAAAUUGAAAUUGAACGAAACUUUGCCGAUCGACAUUUUGCCCCGAGAUUAUGGCGGUACGGAUGGCACGGUGAAGGAACUCAGCGAGUAUUGGAAGCGUCUCGUGGAGGACAAUAGAGAGUGGUUCGCCGAGGGGGAAAAGUACAAAUUGACAUUGAUUAAGUAACUAGAUUGAUUCUAAUUUGCUAUAACAAGCACUUGCAUACGCAAUCGUUCGAGUUGUUAUUGCGAACUGUACGCGAUAGAUAUUCAAGCUUUUUAUAUCUUUUUUUGUGAAAUCUUUUUAUACACAAGUUUAUAAGGAAAAUAGAAAUGUACAGUUUC